CGCGGGGCUAUGAGGCCGUAGGGCCCGCGGGCCGGAGCAGCCUUCCGCCGCCAGCAUGUUCGGCCGCUCCCGCAGCUGGGUGGGCGGCGGGCACGGAAAGGGCGCCCGCAGCAUCCACUCCUUGGACCACCUCAAGUACAUGUAUCACAUUUUGACUAAAAAUACAACAGUAACAGAUCACAACCGCAACCUGCUGGUGGAGACCAUUCGUUCCAUAACAGAGAUCCUCAUCUGGGGGGAUCAGAAUGACAGCUCAGUGUUUGACUUUUUCUUGGAGAAGAAUAUGUUUGUGUUCUUCCUGAACAUCCUGCGUCAGAAGUCUGGUCGUUAUGUGUGUGUGCAGCUGCUGCAGACUCUGAACAUCCUUUUUGAAAACAUCAGCCACGAAACAUCCCUGUAUUACCUGCUCUCUAAUAACUACGUGAAUUCUAUCAUUGUCCACAAAUUUGACUUUUCUGAUGAGGAGAUCAUGGCCUAUUACAUAUCAUUUUUGAAAACUCUUUCUCUGAAACUCAAUAAUCAUACUGUACAUUUCUUUUAUAACGAGCACACUAACGACUUUGCUUUGUACACUGAAGCUAUUAAAUUUUUUAACCACCCCGAAAGCAUGGUCAGGAUUGCUGUUAGGACUAUAACUUUAAAUGUCUACAAAGUGGACAACCAGCCCAUGCUGCAUUACAUUCGAGAUAAAACUGCAGUUCCUUAUUUCUCCAACCUCGUCUGGUUUAUUGGCAGCCACGUGAUAGAACUGGAUAACUGCGUGCAGACUGAUGAAGAGCACAGAAAUAGGGGCAAACUGAGUGACCUGGUAGCAGAACAUCUUGAUCAUUUGCAUUACCUUAAUGAUAUCCUUAUCAUUAACUGUGAAUUUUUAAACGAUGUGCUGACAGACCACCUACUUAAUAGGCUCUUUCUUCCCCUCUACGUGUAUUCAUUAGUAAAUCAAGACGAGGGUGGAGACCGUCCAAAAAUAAGUCUGCAGGUUUCUCUCUAUCUUCUUUCUCAAGUUUUUCUGAUUAUACAUUAUGCUCCUUUGGUGAACUCCUUGGCUGAGGUUAUACUCAAUGGGGACCUCUCAGUGUUUUCUUCUAAGGUUGAGCAAGAUAUACAGAAAAACUCAGCAAAGUCAAGUAUCAGAUGUUUCAUAAAACCCACAGAAACACUUGAGAGGUCUCUUGAAAUUAACAAACAGAAAGGGAAGAAGAGGAUGCAGAAAAGACCCAACUAUAAAAAUGUUGGUGAAGAAGAUGAAGAUGAGAGAGGAUCUGAAGAUAACCAAGAUGACCUUGAUAAAAGUAAAGGCACAGAAACAACUUCAAAGGGCAUAAGAACAAACACUGAAAAUGAAGAAAUAGAAAUGGUAAUCAUGGAGAGAUGUAAGCUGUCAGAGCUGUCUAUCUCUGCUGUGACUGAGCAGAAUACAACAGAUGAAGAAAAGAGUGCAGCUGCUUCUGGGAGUGAGAUAACAAACUGGAACAGGCCUUUCCUUGAUAUGGUCUAUAAUGCACUGGACUGUCCUGAAGAUGAUUACUAUGCCCUCUUUGUCCUCUGUCUUUUAUAUGCAAUGUCACACAACAAAGGACUUGACUCUGUCAAGCUGGAAAGAAUUCAACUUCCAGCUCAACAUGCUGAAGAGAGAAAUUCAUAUAAUCAUGUCCUUGCAGAAAGGCUCAUCAGGAUAAUGAAUUAUGCUGCACAACCAGAUGGAAAAAUUCGGUUAGCAACUUUAGAACUUGGCUGCCUGUUGCUGAAGCAGCUUGUGUUUUCUAAAAAUGGCAGGAUCAUAAAAAGUGUUCACCUUGAUUGUCUUGAGGGUGCAAGGGAGGAAAGUGUUCAUCUCCUUCGUCGUUUCUAUAAGGGAGAAGAAAUCUUUCUGGAUAUGUUUGAAGAUGAAUACCGGAGUAUGACAAUGAAACCUAUGAAUGUGGAAUACUUGAUGAUGGAUGCCUCGAUCUUGCUACCCCCAACGGGGACACCACUGACUGGGAUUGAUUUUGUGAAAAGGUUGCCUUGUGGAGAUGUGGAAAGAACACGAAGAGCAAUCAGAGUUUUCUUUAUGCUCCGUUCACUGUCACUGCACUUGCAAGGUGAGCUGGAAACUCAGCUACCACUCACGAGGGAGGGAGAUCUGAUAAAGGCAGAUGAUGUUCUGGAUUUGAAUAACAGCGAUCUGAUUGCUUGUACAGUCAUAACAAAGGAUGGGGGUCAAGUUCAAAGAUUCCUGGCUGUGGACAUUUACCAGAUGAGUUUGGUUGAACCAGAUAUUGCCAGACUUGGAUGGGGAGUAGUUAAGUUUGCAGGCCUUCUGCAGGAUAUGCAGGUGACUGGAGUCGAGGAUGACAGCAGAGCCCUGAACAUAAUAAUUCACAAGCCCGCCUCGAGCCCUCAUUCGAAGCCCUUCCCCAUCCUGCAGGCCACGUUUAUUUUUGCGGAUCACAUUCGCUGCAUCAUUGCCAAGCAGCGCCUGGCCAAAGGCCGGAUCCAGGCUCGGCGCACCAAGAUGCAGAGGAUAGCAGCUCUCCUGGAUCUUCCUGUUCAGCCUUCGACUGAAGUUAUGGGUUUUGGACACAGCUCUGGAGCUGCAGCCCAGCACCUCCCAUUUAGAUUCUAUGACCAAUCCCGGCGUGGGAGCAGUGACCCCACAGUGCAGCGCUCUGUCUUUGCCUCCGUUGACAAAGUCCCAGGCUUUGCUGUAGCCCAGUGCAUAAAUCAGCACAAUCCAUCCCCACUCUCGUCACCAUCCCCUUCCAGUGGCAGUGGCAGUACAGGGCGCUGUGAUUCAGUGACUGCAAGCUCGACAUCCACUCCUUCUGCUGCUCAGAGCCCAGCAGGUCUGGCAGGAAAGGACGCCGGCGGGUGUUUAGUCUGUCGGAGGCUGACAGUCACGGUGGACACUGGGUUUAGGCCUUCCAGCAGCAGCUGCAGCAGAAACUCCCGCAAUACCCACUCAGAUGAUGCUUCAGCUCCAGAGCAGCCUCUGAUGGCCAGUUCCAGUCAGACGAUGUUGGCUGAUGAAACUCUUUCAGCUGUUUCAAAGUCCAGCAAAAGUGCUGUAAAAACCAAUGACAUGGAAACAGCCAACCUGUCUCCCAGCCUGAUUCCUGCACAGCAGCCCACAAUAUCCUUAAUCACAGACGACAACACGGACACGCUGAGCGUGGAGUCGCUCACGCUGGUGCCACCAGUUGAUCCACACAGCAUUCGAACAUUCAGCUGCAUCCCUCAGGCCUCCCUGCAGUCUGAAGAUGAAGUGGACAAGGUGAAAGAGGUAGAGGAAGAAUGUUCUGACUAAAACCGCCGUGCAGACUGUAAUAAACAGUGAAGGAAGUGCAACCAAAUUGUGAUUUGUUUUUUCCCUGGGAGCGCAGAUCCUUCUGGAGGCCUGAGGCCACGGGUCCACAAGAAGGGACCAACUGGUGACAGAGAAUGUCAGCAGCUUCUAGAGCCAACAUCGGCUACUCGGCAUAUCUGAACUGGAAAAGAGAGAAAAGAACCCAACUUUGGAAUCUGGACUGCUUCUUUCCUACCCGUUUCUGUUAUACAAGAACAUGAACGUAUUUCAGAGGACCUACUGUCUUUCUAACAGAAACUAAUUAAUUGUAAAAGGUCUACAGUAUUAUGGCAAAGUGAAGAGAUUUUUGGAUACCCACAAUCAUGGUACUGCAUUAUCACGUCUCUGAAACGAGAGACGUGCCAUUGACCAGAAAAAAUGAUAUAUUGUAGGACAGAGGUAAAACUUCCAUUUGAGUCAGGGUGUGUUUUUUCAGUUUGGUAUUUGGUUUGGGUUUUUUUUUUUGUGGAGGAGGGGUUUUGGGCUUUUAUUUGGGGGUUUUUAGUUGGUCUUUUUUGUUUUUUAAUCCUGAUCUUUUUCAUCUUUUGGAGGUCUGCACAAUACCAGCAGGCUUGGCCACAUUCAGUAUUAUCUUUGUAGGACUCCAGGCUUAAAUGUUAUGUUUUCCAUAUGUAAUAUUUAUUGCAAGUUUUGAUUCCAAGUUAAAAUACAAUGCUUGUCCAAAUUAGCAUAAGGGAUUUUUGAGACUACUUUAAUCUUUGUUUAGCUGCCUAGAGAGGAAUGUAAAAUAUUUUAAAAGAUUGCUAUAGCUUGUUUGUUCACUCCUGACAGUCAAAUUGCUACACAUCUGAGGAAUGGUGAUAUCCCUGCAACUGAAAGACAACUUCAAGAAACAGACAGAAGCAGUUUACUCUUAAGAGGUUUUUCAGAUUUUUCAUAGUCAUGUAGGAAGGAGGUCGCCAUAUGUAGCUGAUAAUUCCCUUGCAAGUCUGAUCUCGAAAGGUAUUGUGUAAAUUUUUUUUCUUUUCUGGGAUAGUAUUCCAGUUAAACAGCAUUGCUACAUAAAAGUGGUUCUGAGUUAACAUUACUUCCUUGAUCCUGACACCAAGUUGACAGAAAAGGGAAAGAUGUUGAUGAAAGUUUGGAACGUUCUUUGCUAAUUUGAUACGUAAUUAACAUGAAAGGAAUUUAAGAUUUUUCAUCAAUUUCCAAGUAAGUUAAUUUAAUAGUAAAAUGAGCAGAUUGUUAUUGCUGGUCUGUUCAUAACACUGAGUUGGCAGCUCCUCAAAGGAGAACUGCUGUUUACUUGGGAUUGAUUUCAGUCACCACUGCAAUGUUUCCUUAUUCUCUCUCUACUGACAUUGAGUUCUUAGCAAACAGGUGAAUCUGCAAAGUGUUUACCACUUCCCAGUGCUUAUUUACCUCUUCCUGGCUGCCACAGGGAAUACCUGAAGUGAUUUUUCCAUGUUUUUUAUAUAUAUAAAAGAGAUUGACUAAUUCACAUGGUUAUAUGAGGUGUCUGCUACUGAAUGCCAGUGAUUUUUUCCCCUUACUUACUUUUUCAUGCAGUUUUGAUUUCUAAUUUUCUGUGACAUCUACUUUCUCUCAGAUUGAAUUAACUGAUACUCUGAUCAUUCUAGAGUGGCCCAAACUCUAAAUGAACUCAGAGUUAGAUGUCCUCAGCACUGCAGUGGAUUUUGUGUGAAAAUCUGGCAUUACUGGAAUAAGAGCCUACUUUUAGGGUUUUUUGGUCUCAUGCUUAAGAUGAAUUUGCACUCACGCAGUCACUGUUGCAGCUAAUGUGCAUGUACCUGAACAUCAGAAGCAAUCUGGGCACAAGGACCACAGGAAUUUUUAUUAGCCGAACUGAUUGCAGUCUAGACUUUCUCUAAAAUGUUGCAGCAUUACACUGCAGUCUCAGUAAUAUUCUGAAGAACAUUAUAAAAAAUGCCUCACUUAAUUUAAAUCUAUUUUAUGUUCGUAACUAACCUUAAAUUCUUGACCUAGAUUACACAAAAUACCACAGUACAGGCUGAGUUCCCUUAAAUAGAAUCCAUUUUAGACUGGAAAACCUUGAUCUGUAUUUAUCUCAUUUCAGUUUCAGUUCUAACAAGAUUAGACCCAUGCACAAGGAGUCUCUUCAGUGCAUAUGCAUAAUCUCACCCCUGAGCUGCGCUGCACAAGAAAUGGGGCAAAGGGAAAGGAAGGUGACUUUGUGCUUUUCAUUACUUUUGAGUGGCUUUUAAAUCUCAUGAGCACUUGUCUAGUGAGAGCUUCACAGGAAAUGACUGAGAUAGAUACUAUUAUUAAGUAAAUUAAAGAGCAGGUCUGCUGUUCAUCUGCCCAAGCCCCCUCUGGGGGAAAAUCCUUUCUGAGAUCCAUCCUAAACCUACCCGACUCAGGUCCAGCCAUUUCCUGAUUAAGCAGUAAGGUGUGAGUGACUGUAAUUUCCACACUGACUCCAGUUGUCUUGGGGAUGAUUACUUCAAGCAACCCAGGAAUUCAGAAAUUGCCCUAGAAUUGUCAUUUCACUAGCAGUAAAAUCAACUUUAUGCCUGAAGACACAGUUGAGCUAUCAGACAAGCAGGUUAAACUGUGUGUAAGGGUGAAGCCACUUGUAAGAGUAAACACUUGCCUCACGUGGUGCUGUUACUCUGGUGUAAUCAGUCACUUCACUGCAGGAGCCAGGGAGCUGCAGAAUAGCCUCAGGAGCACUGACCACCAGGGAAUUGUAGUCAGAAAACCCCCACCAAGCUCAACAUUCUGCUCUUGUCUCCACUAACCAGUUGAAGUUAAACUUGCCUUUAAAAGAGCAUUGCCCAGGGAGGCAGCUGCUGUCUGGGAAAAUAAAUGGUUUAGUCCUGUAGUUGGAUCAGAGAUCUGUAGAAAUAUCAGCUGGGGGCAGGGAGAUCGAGGCCUUUUGCCUCCAAGGGAAUUAGUCUCCUUCUUUCAGACAGCUUAAUGUAGCCAUCUAAAUAUAUGUUGAAAAUUCUCUUCUUAACUGCUGCUGUCCUUCUUCUUGAAAGAGUUUUUUGGUGUGUCCCUGGUUCACCACCACUGCCCUACCCUAGGAUAUCACUCACCUGGGCACUGCUCUUGUAUUACCUAGCCGUCUUUGGAGAAGUUCUCCUGUGCUUGCCUGCUAUGUUUCUCUUGACUUUUCCCAACAUUUGCAGCAUGAACUAGAAACAAAUAGAGUAACUCUUCCCAUCUCCCACUGGGUUCUGAAAAGCAGAGGGUGAUCCGUGCAGGGCUUGCUAGGGUGGGAAGUUUUUAGGGGUUGGGAGGGGAGUAGUGCUUGGGGGUUUUUCUGCUGCUCAGGACUUGAGCAGCAGCCAAGACAUAGGAGAUGCAGUUCUUACAACUGAGUCUCAAAUAGAGGGUUCUUUCAUAUGGAAGCAUAUUUUUGUAUUACAUUUGUACAGAAUUUUUCCUAUUUUGGUCUCCCAACAUUUUUAGAUUUGCACGUUGCUCAGAUUUGAUUUCUUUUGCAAGGUGUUAUAAAAUAUAUAUAUUUUGUGUUUGUUAAUGUAUUAUAAAUGUAAAACUAAAUUUUGGUUGUCUAAUAAAUGUGCACUGUGGUGGUAUCUGGUUUAUUGUUUUGCUGACUUGAAUUCAUUGGUUCUUAUUAUGAGAAAGAAAAACUUGUCAUUGUUGGGACUUGUCUUGUUAGCAUAAAUAAAUGUGUGGAGUGCAUUUAUUUUGAAGGUAACUAAAAAUGGCUUAAGCAGGUAAUGACUAAGAAGACUUGUUAUCAAAAGUUAAGGUCCAGACUAGUUCACAGGAUUCUUUUAAGAUCAUAAUCUGAAGAUUCAUGAGCUGUUUUUUUUUUUUUUUUUUUUUUUAAUCUUGUUUUCCAUUACUUUUGGUUAUAGAUACUCAUACUAAAGUGAGUUUAAGACACAGUAAUUGCAGUCUGAUCACUUCAGUAUGUGUGAGAAGAUCUUUGGGUGUAUUUAGGGACUAAUUGUGGCAGAAGUACUCACAAUGAACAUGAAGAUAAUAUUUUAAGAUUGAGAAUAGUUUCAAUUGUACAAAUUUAUAAACUAUUGCAAUGUCUAGGAGCUUUGUUUUGCCCAGGGACAGCACUGAAUAUAUAUUGUCACAACUUCAGUAAACCCGCUGGAAGCACUACAGACUUUGGAAGCUAGCUUUAGGCAUCUCCACUUGUGAAUAGCUGUGUUGAUGUUUUUGUUGCAAACUUUUUCCUUUGUUUUUAGCUGUUUUGUAAAUUUGAUUGUUUUCAGUGCAAAGAGGAAGAAAUGUAUUUUUCUAGAAGAAUGAAUGUACCUGUGAUUUAAGCACUACAGAAAGCAUUUAAUGAAUAUGGACUUUUCCUCCUAUGAAAUAUAUUUCAGUAAUGUUGUCUGAAAUGUAGUUCAUUUGAGAAAAAAAAAAGUCCUGAACAUGCACUUACAUUUACAUGGAAAAAAACUCCAAACAUGGUGUGAAUUGAAUUCUGAAAUGUCUUUCUACAGGCAAUAAGUAUUAAUUAUUUAAUGUAAGUUAUGUUAGACAUUUGGAGUAAGUGUGAUAUCUUAUGUUAAUUUAAAGAACAAUGUAACUAAAUGUCUGGGAAGGGAGUGGAAUUGGAAAAUAUUGGUGUAUGUUUCUGAAAUCCAGACUUCUGAGUCUGUAUUUGCUGGCAUUGAUAAUUUGUCGUGGCUAUUGAAAACCUGGACAAGAACAAGGAGCAGAGCUUCCUUUGUAAAUGGAACUUGGCAAUAAAAAUGGUGUUACUAAGAGAA